AUGGACUACUCGAUAGUGCGGAAAAACGAGUCAUUGGCGUUGUCUAAAUGGACAGCACAGGACCAGAUUCUCUUGAAAGUUGGAAUGACACGCAAGACGAACGUCUUGGCCCGACUUUUGGAAUGGGAAAAUAGCUGCAAGCAUCCUGUGACCGGAAUCGAUUUGUCCAAAGUCAACCAGCUGUAUCGGGCCUCACACAAACGCAGCUCAUCAUCGCUGGUUCGUCUUUUCCAGAAGAUGUCGCUUUCCGACCGGUCUCGUGGGACCGUAAAAAUACGAGGGUUUCGCGACGGGGGCUUCUACGUUGCCAAUGGACGGUCCUUAGAGCUCAUAGAGACCCAAAUCCACCAGUUAUUAUGGAACAGAUACGGUCAAGGUCUAAUCUACUGUUACGGGUGCAAUAACCAUCUAAACCAGCCCAAAAGACACAGGGAAUGGUUCAUGGUUCCGCUAGACCAUGUUCCAGACAUAUUCAGAGCCAUUGGUGCUAUUUGCAAUGGAUCUUGA